AAUAUCAGAGCAUUCAUUGUUAUUGUUUUGGUUCAGUUCACAUGUUUGGCAUGAAUUAAUGUAAACAAAUAGAUUUCUAUUACUAGACCUCGGCCAACCAGACGGUAGAGAAUUAACCGCACUAUAUAGUAUUUGAUUAGAAUCUUAUUAGAAUAUUCAGAUAUAUUGAAGGAUAUAAUAAAUAUUUAUAUACGAGAUUUAGUUGGACAUUCGCGGUCUCGAUGGGCUGUCCUCCGCACACUGUGCCGCACCCCCCUCGCAAGGGGGCGCGAGGAGAUGCACCUACUGCUCGCGCUACGCGCACGCAGUCUCCGCGCGAUCCGCUCUCCGCGGUGCAGCUGCGCGAUUGUUUCUGCAAGUGAAGGCGAAGAAAAUAUGAAAGUAAUUGAUAGAGUGUAAAAAAGAAAAACGUAGAGAGACGUUCUUGUCGGUGGUGGGUUUACCGCAGGUUUUACACACGUGUAAAUUAAUAACACUAGUCUAGACUACUAGAGCGAGCCCUGCCUGCUGCUUCCGCGGAGAUGCGCUCUCUGGGGGCCGCCGUGCCGCUCCUGCUGCCGCUGCUGCUGCCGCUACUGCUGCGCCCCCGGGCCGCCUGCUGCUUCUCGGUGCCCGGCCAGGAGGCCACCUGCGAAGCCAACGGCAGCCUCUACUACGUGGGCGAGUGGUACUUCCUGGACUCGGACCACUGCACGCAGUGCGAGUGCACGGCGGAGGGCGCGGCGUGUGCCCGCACCGAGUGCACGUCCCUGCCCGGCGCCUGCAUCCACGUGAGCCACUACCCCACGGACUGCUGCCCCCGGUGCGAGAGGAUCGGCUGCGAGUUCAGGGGCAGGGUGUACGAGCUGGGGGAGCACUUCCAGCCCUCCGAGUGCGAGCAGUGCACGUGCGACAGCGACGGCAUCGCGCGCUGUCUGGUGGCCGACUGCGCGCCCCCGCCCUGCGUGAACCCGGCGUACCAGAAGGGGAAGUGCUGUCCGGAGUGCAGGGACGGGCCCAACUGCUACGCGGAUGCGUCGCGGACCCGGGUGAUCCCCGCCGGAGAGUCCGUGUGGGUCGACUCCUGCACCAAGUGCCGCUGUCACGACGGCCAGGACGCCGGCUACUGGGAGGGCAACCGUGUGGCGACGUGUGCGCGAGUGCGCGACUGCGGCGAGGAGAAACGCGCCGCUACCCACCGGCAGGACUCGGGAGGAGAGCAGAGUUCUUCUACACCUUCGAUGUAGAACUAGCGAGCUGCGAACCUCACAGUAUCGCAUUUUUAGACUCAAAAAGCUCCCCGACCAUCCUCGCACCCUAUGAUGUGGUGAGCGACGGCGUUUGCUUUACGGCGAAAAUAUGUUAAACCGCGUAAACUGGCUGCCGCUAAGCACGGCUGCUCGGCGGCAACAACGCUUUCUCGUUUUCGUUCACCGUAACUGAGAGCUUUCCUCAUAUUCUGCCCUAGGUUGCACGAGAUAAAGUACGCUUGCUGUACAUUUACCACAUUUAGCCACUGCCUGUACAACUGACUGGUAAUUUGCGAUUUCAGUUUUUGAUAGCGUGAUCAUGCGAGCAUUUCAUUCCGCUUUGUCGUCGCUCGGAUGAGACGGGUGACAUUUCCAGAGGCCCCAGUUCCGAGUCUGGCACGCGUUACGCGAUGAAACCAAAGAGUAAAAACCAAAAAUGAUGCUCGUGAAUUAUUCUUUGUAAGCGUAUAGUUCCGACAACCUGAACGGUCCGUGCUGGCAUGGAAACGAAUUGGUACUUGUAACCCAAGCCAAAGUGUGGUGAGUAUAUCGGUAAUAUAGUGGUGUAGCUGAUAUAGACAGAGCUUCAGUUCGCGCUGUAGCCUUGAAUAUUUUAUACUGAUUUAUAGCGAACAUAUCGGACGGCUGCCGUUAAGACCGUUAUGCACGCGCGCAGAUCAGCUGCGUAGUAGCCUAACCGUGUUCUCUUUGGUUUUCGUUUAGCAUCGACACGAUUGCAUAAACAGAGAUUGUUAUAGCCUUAAGUGAAUGUUUCCUCAUUGUUUUUCCCUCAUUACUGAAUGGAUGUAAUUGUACUUUGUUUUUCUCCAGUACAAAAGGCAAUGAAUGUGUUGUUUCUCUUGCAACAUGUGCCAGCCUAAUUAUGUCUUCCAAAUCACAAAUGUGAAUUUCUAAGGAAAAAUACCCCAAAUUAUGUAUUUUAGUAAACGUAAAAAAUUGUUUCA